AGAGAAGUGUACGGUUUUUCUGACUUAUCGAACAAACGAAUACGAAUUGACGCUAGACCAUCGCUGACACACAAUUAACUUAUUGCCCCUGGAAGUCUUUUUACAGAAACACAGCUUCCCUAUCGUUAAAUGUCACGACACGCCACUGAUUUGAACACAGUAAAAAUAAAGAAAAAAUGAAAAUAAUUAUAAAAGACAAUUGUACUGUACGAACACAUCUCUAUAGUUAAUCAAAAAGAUAGAAUAAAUAACAACACAGGACGAGAAAUACACCAAUCAUGGAAUAGCAUCAUCUAAUAGAGAGAGAAAGUAUAAAAGGAGAAAUGAAGUGGGGUUAAAUUCAAUCUUCAUUAUUUUUAAUUAAUUAUAUUGUUUUAAAAGCGGGAAUAUGUUUGGAUUGAUAUUAAUGAAUAUUGCAUUAAAUAUUGUCGGUUUCGUGGAGGUACUUAAAAAUCCAGAAAUUGUAAGUUUUAAAUUAUUUUAUUGUCAGGAAUUUUUAUGAUUUUUCUAAAUAAAUAAUUUUGUAGGAAUUUUAAAUUGAAAUUUUUUAGAGAUUGUCGACGGUAAACUUACACUUACUGACCGGUUCGAAACACAAAGAUAUCGUGUAUGUGUUCAGAUGCUAAAUAAAGAUAGUUUUUCUUUGUUUACUUAAUUUGCAGAACCAGUUAUCCAGUAUAAUAAGUCUUAAUAAUAGAUAAGUCCUAAUUGACGUUUUGGUUUAAGUUAAUUUCAGUACCCCUUAGUCACAUUUUUAUUCGUCUAUAAAUCUUUUAUCAGUGGUUACCAAAAUAAGUUAAUAUAUUUGGAAAAUUAUUGCUAACUUUAGCUUUACAUUAAGAGUUAGUUUCGACUUCGAUAAUUAAUAGAAUCAAUACAAUUUAUUAAUCUAACGUAAUGAUGUACAAUCUUGAUUAAAGAAGAGAAUUUCUUUGCUGAUUACAUUACAAGGAAAACACAAAAGGAAGAUUUUUUACAAAUCACAAGUCGAGAUUUUAGCAGAUAUUUUUUUCAUAUGGAAAGAAAUUUAAUGUGUGUAAAUACAUAUACUUUAAUAAGGAAUAUUAACUGGAAUCUCUUUCUUUUUCAGGUUUUCGAUAAAGGUUUACUUUUCUGGGGCAAAAUGUCGAAGAAUUUUCAGAAGAAUUAGUUUUAGUUUUAACAUAUUUAAUAUGAUGUAGAUAGUAAUGUUUUAAUCCCAUUUUCAUAUCUCGUUUUACAGAGCUUUUUGUUAUUUACAGAUGCACCAUCCCCCAAUUAAGAGCAUGUCUAGUAAGAGCUGAAGAAUGUGUUAAACUUAUGUUUACGGACGACCAAAACUGCAACCAGUCAUAAGAAAUCAUACAAGAAUGCAUCAAAGAAGAAAGUAUAUUUCAUGCAAAGGACGAAAAGCAGAAAAUUAAAUGAAGAUGAUUAUCUAUAUAUUUUUGUUGCAAACAGCAUAUAAAUUGUUUAUAGAAAAAUAAACUGUAUAAAUGACAUUAAUUUGUGACAGUAUUUAUGCCUGUUGGAUUAAAUAAUCAUAAGUCAAGUAAUUGGAGGUAUCGAUGUGGUAGUUGCAAGAAAGAAUUCGCUUCGAAGUCCAAUUUAAAAUGUCAUCAAAGGAUUCACACCGGAGAACGGCUCUUUUGCAAAUUCUGUAAUCGUCAGUUCAUCCAUCCCAGCAGUUUAUGGUACCACGUCAAGACUCACACAGGGGAGAAACCCUUUAGCUGUGAUCAUUGCAAACGAAGUUUUACACAGAAAGGAAAUCUGGUUGAACAUCUGCGAACUCACACAGGGGAGAAACCCUUUACCUGUGAUCAUUGUAAACGGAGUUUUGCACUGAAAAGAUAUCUGAUUGAACAUCUGCGAACUCACACAGGGGAGAAACUCUUUACCUGUGAUUAUUGCAAACGGAGUUUUGCAAAGAGGGGAAAUCUGAUUCAGCAUCUCCGAGUUCAUACAGGGGAAAAGCCAUUUUCGUGUAAUUAUUGCUUACAAAAGUUCCGUUUUCAAUCUAAUUUAAAGCAUCAUAUUUGUGUGGAAACAACCAAUUUUGCGAUGCAUUUCGAAGAUUAUCAUGAACACGUUUUUCGCAAGAAGGUGAAAGUUGUAAAUCGUCCUUCUACCUCACAUAGUCAAUCUGACCACAUGGUAGUCGUGGAAGUGAAAGGUAACAGUAGGCCUAACUGUGCUGCUUCUACCUCUUCACAGUCGUCACAAAUAAGUGUCAUCGAUUCGUUUUCCCUGAUUUCAUUUUACAGUGAUUUGAUGAUGUAUGGAAUUUUCGUUCUCGUGGACUGUGGUUCAAACAUUGAGAAGAGAAAGAAUGGGAAGUAUGAAUGUGACAGUUGCAAGAAAAUAUUCAUUUCGAAGCGAGGAUUUGUAUGUCAUCGAAGGAUUCACAGUGGAGAAGGACUCUUGUCUUGCGAAUUCUGUAAUCGUCAGUUCACUCAAUCCAGCAAUCUUCGUACCCACGUCAACACUCACACCGGAGAAAAACCCUUUACCUGUGAUCAUUGCAAACGGAGUUUUACACAGAAAGGGACUCUGAUUGAACAUCUGCGGACUCACUCAGGGGAGAAACCCUUCACCUGUGAUCAUUGCAAACGGAGUUUUACACAGAAAGGGACUCUGAUUGAACAUCUGCGGACUCACUCAGGGGAGAAACCCUUCACUUGUGAUCAUUGCAAACGGAGUUUUGCACACAAAGGACAUUUGAUUCGGCAUCUCCGAGUGCAUGCAGGGGAAAAGCCAUUUUCGUGUACUUAUUGCUUACAAAAUUUUACACAGAAAGGGACUCUGAUUGAACAUCUGCGGACUCACUCAGGGGAGAAACCCUUCACUUGUGAUCAUUGCAAACGGAGUUUUGCACACAAAGGACAUUUGAUUCGGCAUCUCCGAGUGCAUGCAGGGGAAAAGCCAUUUUCGUGUACUUAUUGCUUACAAAAGUUCAGUUUUAAAUGUAAUUUAAAUAAUCAUAUUAUCAAAUGUCAUAAUAAUAAUGAAUAACGCUCUUCGUUAUGAAGGAAAAU